CCACCCCUUCAUCAUCAUCAUCUUUCUUCACAUUCCUCCACACAGCACAGCUAAAGCUAACUGAUCCACCAAUAAUUAAUAACCAUCACUUAUUAGCACUUGCUGAGGCAAAGGGUAACAAGCUAAGAAAAUGGCCAUGGCAACAACUGUGCUCUCUGCUCAUCAGAACAUCACGGGAGCCACGGUGACAUCAACCACCACAACCGCCAAGACCAACAAGAGAAUGAGCAAAGUAGUGCACAUAAGAGGCCUAAACUCAUUUGGGGGUCUGAAGGCCACAAAUGGAGUUGUCUCUAUGGGUCUUCCUUUGAGCACUGAGAAUUGUUUUGCUAAGAUGGUGAGUUCAGUGAAGGCCAACAAGGCCUCAAAUGGAAAAAAAGGAGGAGCUCUCUCAUCCACCUGCAAUGCCGCAGCUGAGAUAUUCACCAUUGCUGCCAUCAUGAACGGUCUUGUUCUUGUUGGGGUUGCUGUUGGCUUUGUUCUUCUUAGGGUUGAAGCCUGGGUGGAGGAGACUGAGGCUGAGUAAACUCUCUCUGGAUCAGAAUUCAGAUGGUAGCAAUAUAUUCAUAUUCAUAAUACUUGUAUGUUUUGUAUAUCGAAUGCUUUUCUUCUGCUUUGGAUUAUAACCUUUUUAUUUGUCAA